ACAGAGCCCGCUUAUUCGUCCUCGUUUUCUUCGCUGCUGACAUGCAGUCUUUCUUGUCUCCAUUUAACAAGGCGAUCUUAGUGGCUUUGUUUAUUUUUGCCAUCUUACUCAUUCUUUAUGUAAUACUAUGGUAUAUAUGCCGAGACGUGGAUUGCGACCACGGUAUCUGACGCUUGUCGUGAGAAAAGCAGACGAUACCCUGACUUUGGCUUAUACGGAGACGCGCCAGGGUGACCCUUUGUUUUGCCCAAACAAAAUGGAAGGGUUGCCAUAGUGACGGGGGGUGCCCGAGGAAUGGGUUAUGAGACUGCAAGACACCUGGCAAGCCUUGGCAUGCAUGUGGUUAUAGCUGGGAACUCUGAAGAGGAAGGCCUGCAAGCUGUGAAGAAGAUCCACGAAGAGGGCAGCGAGGGGAAAGUGGAAUUUCUGAUCCUGGACCUGUGUUCCCUAAAGUCGGUACGGCAGUUUGUCCAAAGGUUUAAAGCCAGGGCUCUACCACUUCACGUCCUUGUGAACAAUGCCGGCAUCAUGCUGGUUCCAGAGGGAAAGACCGAGGACGGUUUCGAGCUGCACUUUGGUCUGAACUACCUGGGACACUUCCUGUUGACAAACCUCCUCCUGGACAAACUGCAGAGGUCUGGGAGACACGACGCCUGCUCCCGUGUCGUCACCAUGUCCUCCGCCACACACCACGUUGGAAGACUCAAUAUGGAAGACCUACAGGGCAGGUCCUGCUACAGUGCGCAUGGUGCCUACUCUCAGAGUAAACUGGCCCUGGUCCUCUUCACAUACCAUCUGCAGGAGAGGCUAACAGCAGCAGGGCUCCCAGUAACAUCCAACGCAGUAGACCCAGGCAUGGUGGACACUGACCUGUACAACAACCUCUGUAUUCCAGCCCAGGCAGCAAAGAAACCUGUUGCCAAAAUGCUGUUUAGGACCCCAGCCGAGGGAGCGUCUACAGCUAUCCUGGCUGCCACUGCGUCGCAGCUGGAGGGGGUCGGAGGCUGCUACUUCUAUAACGGGGAGAGAACUGAAUCCGCUGACAUUACUUACGAUCACAACGUGAGGGCUGAGCUGUGGAAACAGAGCUGUGCGCUGGUUGGUCUUCAGGAGGCCUAGAGGAGGAACCAGGAACCAUGAUCUUAGAAAUAUGCCAAGAUCAACGGCAUGACACCUCCCUCCAGCGUCAACAACAACCAAGCUGCGUCCCAAUUCUCAACCCUUCCCUUCGGCCCUAAGUGUGCGCUUGUUCCCUUCCCUUCAUGGAUCUAAAAACACUGCUAUAGGAAAUAUGGUAGACCACUCCCUCUGGCCUGACACCAAUCCAAUGCUUUUAAAUUCAUGGGGAGGAGAGCACAAGUGCGUACUUUAGUAGUAUCGGGAUACAGCCCGAGUCAGCCCCAGCCAGCACUAUAUACAGCGACAGCCUGUGGACUUAGGCUUCCUGAUUACUUAGCAACAUCUAGCUACAGCACCAACUUUGGUUGUUGCCUCUACUGUAACUGUCCUCUCUUGACCUCUGUCCUCAUAGUACUGCAUAACACAUCAGCAUUGGAAUCGACUCUUCGUCAUAUCUUCUCCUCCGCAAAGACAGUUCUGAGGACGUCCAUUCUACCAUUGCGACAAGCACUAUUAAACACAUGCUGAACGGCACAUUGAGUGAUGGAAUUUGUUUGUUAUAUUGCAAUACCAGUCCCGCUGUCAAAUUGAUGAAGCUUUAGUACUGUAGCUCCCUCUUCUGGAAUCGCAGAUAACAAAACAUUGAAGGACGCAAGGAACAACAUCAGAGCUAGUAGUGCCUCGGAGCUAGUAAUAUCGCUUCGAAACAGCACCAUCUUUUUUUCUGCCUAAAAUAGGACCCUCUGUCCAUUCUUCUUUCUUCUACUUGGACUCUCAUCAGGGGCGGACUGACCAUGUGGCAUUUUGUGUAAAGGCCAGAUGGGCCGGUCCAUGUUUAGUCUAGUGGGCCUAUGUAACACAUUUUUUCUUAUCUGGUUAAUAAUGGGGGGCCUCAAGGAAAAAAAAUAGUCUGUUGCGUUAGAAUAAUGCCAGAGGCAAUUCCUGGUCCUAGUCCAACCCUGACUCCCAUCAAGGACUGGACCAUAUAUCUGUAGAUGUGCCGCCUCAUAGCUGUGAUCAAAAAUAUCAUGUCAAAUAUGCUUUGGUGAAGGGCUAACAAUGACAAACAUGAGACUCGAACUUGGUUAGCCUUAUUCCCGCUUAAUUUGCACUUGCCUCGUUUAAUGCGUGUGUCCAAUCCUUGUUGUUGUAAUCAUCAAGGACAAGAACUGACAGCAAGCUUCCUAAUAGUACAGUAGAUGCCUUUGCCUUGUUUGACUUACUGUGCCCAAAGGGGAUGUUCUGCCCUGCUAUCGCCACUUCACUGUGACUGAUGUGAAAUGUUGUCGUGAUUUUUGAUGUCUCUGUGCCAUACUGUGAUAACAAAACGAUGCUCAUCUUUAAAUGUCUUUGGCAUUUUCAUCUGACUAGAAGAUUCAGAAUCUUUAAAUGACUGUAAGUGGUUCUCAUGAUAAGAGGUUUCUAGUGUAGAGAGUUCUAACUUGGGGCGCUACCUGAAAUGUGUGCUCGGGUUCGAUGGCCGCUUGAAUUACAAACACUUGCUAUGACAUCUUUUUAAGUAAGAUGAUCUAACUAUUUAAUUAAGAUGAUCUAACACCUCUUCUAGGUGUCGCCAAUCCAUUCUAAGUGUGCGUGUCAACAUUCUCACACAGGAUAUCGGCAGUGUUUUGUCUAAAGUGUUUUGUGUUCAAGCACUGUAUGCGUGCCUAAGCAGUGUAAGGUUCAGUUCUGUACAUGGCCCAAGACAACAGUGCCAAUACUCGAAUGCUCCUUAGAAUACUAAUGAGGAAGGUUUGAAGAGAAGAGGACUCUUCUCCAAGCUUCCAUCUGCUUUUGUUAUAAUACAACACGUGUUAUGAGUCCUAAUGCUGGAUAAAGGCAGACAUAAGAGACAUCAAAUGUUAUUUGUCACAUGUGUCGAAUACAGUGAAACGCUUACUUGUCACAGCCCUUAAUCAACAAUGCAGUUAAGAAAAUAACUAUUUAAAAAGAAGAAAAGUAAGAGAUAAGAAUAACACGUAAUAAACACCGUAAACAUGAAAUAUAAUACAUCAAGGUGUAAACAUUUCAGUAGGACGUUUAAAUCUGAAGUACUUUGGUUGUUCAUUGAUUUACCACAAUCACUGUGAACGAUGCCUUGCUUUCCAAGUUCUCUUUUAGUUGUACUGUACUAAUUCAUUAAGUAGUUAUUCAUUUGCGUUUCUAGUCAUUGUGUGAUUCUUAGAUGUGACUGUGUUGUCCUCACUCAUAGCAUAGAGAAGGAUGUCCACAUUGGACACAAGUCUAAAUAAAAAUCUAUUGUAAAUGAA